ACAUCUGCUUCCCCAUCUCGUGACGCAUUAGCGUGCAGGUGCUGCGUCCUCAGGCACCGCUCACCCGCCGCUGACACAAACUGCAGCUUCCGCUUUCUGCACCACCACCACUCCACCCACCGCACCCACCUCGUCCACUCUCUUUCAUCGACACCACCCGCAUUCCUCCUCGCAUCUGCGACAUCCUCUACCGCGCAUCCUCACUCCGACCCGCCGCGACCAUGGCCGAGCCGGGCAUGGACGACGAGGAUCUCUUCGCUGAUCUCUACGACGGCGACGACACCGCAAACGACGCGCCCGCUGCGCCCACCAAGACCGAACCCGCACCACAAGCUGCUGCUGAUGCCGAUGCUGCGGCUGCGGCUGCCGCUGAUGAUUUCCUCAACCAACAGGCCGCAGCGCCGACAGUCGAGUCACACCAGGGCAACGGCGCCAGCGGUCAUCAAGAGCAGCAGCCUUCGUACGAUCAGAACAUGGGCAAUCAACAUACCGAGUACAGAGAUCCGACUCCGGACAAUAGGCCCCUGAUCGGAACCAAGGAGGAUGGGUAAGUAUAUCUCCUUUCUUUCAUCUGCCUUCUUCUGCGCGGCGUGAGCAGCGGUGAGCUUCAUCUACUCAACACUGGUAUCUCUGAGGCCUACGGCACGUGAUUAUUGAAAUCGAGUGCGAUGCGAGAAAGAUGUCAAGCGUAACACAGUUGAGAGACAAAGCGCAACGUCAUGCGACGAAUCUCAGUCGCUUCCACUUGAGAACGGCAAAUCGGCUCGUCCUCAAGAAGAGAGGCGACGAAGACUGCAAAGUUCAACUGGUGUUCUGUCAACUGGUGACGCACAUGCACCGUGCAUCAUGUCCUCAUCAGCCAAACAUCAAAUAUUCCGGAAACACAUUACCUGGAAAAACCAUCGCGUCGACGACUGAACAAUCUUAUAAUGGAGGGGUCGGAUUCUGGGA